AGAGAGAGAGAAAAGAGCCAGUCAGCGGACUGUGGCACUUUCAGAUGACUUCUUCUACCUCGUUAGAAAUACCGGCGUAACGAAGAGAUCAUUUGGCGCCAGUUUAAGGACUGUUUUGGGGGGCAAAUUGUCUCCAAGGGGCAGUUGGAGAAGCCAGUCUGAGCUCUUAUAAUGCGGAGAGAUCAAGUCUCAGUAGUUUUCUGUCGCUAUGAAGGCAACACAGACGGACCCUGAGAAACUGCUUGCAUGGAUUGAUUGACUGAUUGGUUGAUUGGCAUUUGCCUUUCUCUCUCCCCCUCUUUUUCCUUUUUUUUUUGAAAUCAUCAAAGGAUCUUUUUGUGUCGUGGUCAGUCUGUUUUUUUCCCCCUCUAAAUAUUGUGGAUUAUUAUUUCACUGGAAGUCGAGGAUUUUCUUCCCCCCCAGGAGGUGUGUGUUUAUUUGGGAGUUGAAUGAGGAUAUUGAUUUUGUACAGUUAGCCUUCACCUGGGUCCGGGAUCUGGAGAGAGGGAAUUAACCUUUCAAAAGGUGGAAAUAUCAGUCGUGUUGGACUCCCAACUCAUCUCUCCUGCCAACAUGAAGUCGUGGAUUUGCGUUUGCUUCGCUUUCCUUCUCUUAGAUGAGGCUGCAAGUUCCUGGGAUGGCCCCUCAGCGUUGUCCGUGUCCUUGGCCAGCGGCGCUCCGGGAUCUCCGGGCGCCGGGUCUGAGCCUGGCACUCAGACAGAAUGGGUGGACUGCAUCCAGGCGAGUGACAUGUGCAACCAGAACCCUCACUGCAGCUCUCGGUACCGGGUGAUGCGCCAGUGCCUUGUGGGCAAGGAGAAGGAAGCCAUGCUGGAUAACAACAGGGAGUGCCAGGCUGCUUUGGAAGUGCUGCUGGUUAGUCCUCUGUAUGACUGCCGCUGCAAGAGGGGCAUGAAGAAGGAGCUGCAGUGUCUGCAGAACUACUGGACCAUCCACAUGGGGCUGACUGAAGGUGGAGACAUGGAGGACUCAUCCCCGUACGAACCCGUAGCGCCGAACCGGCACCCUGACGCCUUCCGCUUGGCUUCUAUCUCCUCAGGAAUGCUCACAGUAGCCCCAAAAAGUUUCCACUGCCCUGAUGCUGAGAGAAACUGCAACCCCUGUCUCGAUGCAGCCAAGGCGUGCAACCUCAACAGCAGCUGCAAGCGGCAACGCUCCGCCUACAUCGCAGUCUGCAGCAAGGAGGACCCCAACAAGGGCGAGACCUGCAGCAGGAAGCGCUGCCACAAGGCCCUCAGGUCCUUCCUGGACCGCGUGCCGCCGGAGUUCAGCCACCGGCUGCUGUUCUGCCCCUGCCAGACCGAGGGCUGCGCUGAGCGACGCAGGCAAACAAUCGUGCCCGAUUGUUCCUAUCGAGAUAAGGAAAAGCCCAACUGUCUGGAGCUACAGAGCGUCUGUCGCCAGGAUCCUCUCUGCAGGUCCAGACUGGCUGAUUACAUAGUGAACUGCUGGACACCUCCAGACACAGUGAGCACCUGUCCCAACCAAGACAAUCAUCAGGCCUGCUUGGCCUCCUACGCCAGGCUCAUCGGAACAGAGAUGACUCCCAACUAUGUUGACAACAGCUUCUCCAACUGGACCAUCUCCCCAUGGUGCACCUGCAAAGGCAGCGGGAACCAAGAGGCGGAGUGUCUCAGCUUCCUGGGCUAUUUCAACAAUAACCCAUGCCUAAGAAAUGCCAUUCAGGCCUUUGGUUAUGGGACAGACAACACACAGAACAAAACUGCGUUCAUCCCCGGCCCCUCGGCGACGUCAAAGACGGGGUCUGAUUGGCCCAUGGGCAUCUCGGAGCAUCCAUCUGUCACUAUGCCAAAGCAUCCUGAACCGUUAGAUGGCCUGGACCUGGGAGAGGGCCACUCUCCUUGUCUGUGCGCCAGCGUCUGGGCUCUGCUUCCCAGCUUGGCUUUGGCUCUGGUCCUGGCCCAGCAUGCCUUAUAGAAGCGCCAGGAGGAGAAAAAAAGAGGUCAUCCACCCACAAGCUGAUCCCAAAUGCAGAAGGUGUUAUUACUGAGACUGAUAUUAAGAAGGCUGGAUCUCUGGACAGAUGACAUAAGUGGCAUUCAUGAAAGCGGACAACAAAAGGGCACGAGAGGUGGAAAUCAUUGAAAUUAUACAAC